CCCUUUCUCUCUCCGAACUUCAUCUUCAUCCUCUGCAUCUUCCUCGUUCCCCCCUGACUGAUUCGUCGCCGGCGCGGUCGUGGUUCUGGAAUUAGUCGAAGGGUAGGAAGCAUUCUCAGAAUGGAUCUCGAUGACGACGAUUUUGAGUUACCAGCACGAACAUGUCCCCCGGUUGGAUCCAGGAACACAGGAAAGAAUAAACCGGAGGAGGACUUACAUAAUCACUGCUGCACAGACAAGAGGCCGCUGAAGAAAAGGAAAACCAUCACCAAGAUGGCCCAGAACAGAGAUGCAAAGAUUAAGCAGGCUAAGAUGUCAGUUUCUUCAUCCGCUUCAUCAUGCGACGAUGACACUGAUUCAAAUCAGCAAAGGUCUGCUGCAGAUCAUGCAGAUGCUCACUUGUUUUCAGUAUUACACGUUCUUUACAUGAGUGCUAAUCCAGUGACCGGAAUUGCUGAAGUUGGUGAUACGGAAGAUAACUCACCAGAAGUAACAAAUGAAAUUAUUGAUGGUGAUGCAAAUUCUACCAAUUCAAACUCCGACAACGACGAAGCAGAAGAAGUAGUUAGCAACCGAAGAAUUCAGAGGGUUGGAGUUGUGGGUAGAUCAUUUAAAAGGAGGAGGAUUAGGGAGUAGAUUUGACUACCUCGGGCAAUCGUCGUUUGUCCUACGAUGUAAUAAAUUAGAAUUAAAUAAUGUCCUUUUAUUGAUCGUCAGAUCUUACUUUUAUAUUAUAUUUUCGAACAUUAAUUAUUGAGUUCAUCAGAA